GCUAUCUGAGACAUAGCCCUUAAAGUCCACUCUUCUUGGUGACCCCAAGAUACCCUCAGGAGUUAUUUGGCCUGUAAGAAGAAAGUCAUGGAGUCCCUGGAAGAACUAUCAGAGGAAGAGACUCCCAGAGAACCCAGAAGUUCCUCCUCCCCGUCCUGGAAGCUCACAGCCAAGGAGAUUCUGGCCACCAAGACCCAAAACUACUUUGCUCAGACUAAAAGAACUAAGAACAUCUUGAUGCAAGUUGCCUUCUCCAUCGGGCUAGGCAGCAUAUGGCGUUUCCCCUACCUGUGUCAUCGGAACGGAGGAGGUCAGGCCAGGGGCCUGGAUCCUGAGUUUCAGGAAGGAGCGUUAAGGCUUGGAGCCCGACUCCUGGGUCCUGGGGGAGGAGAGAACCGGAGGUUUACCCAGACUUGUAGGGGGUAAAGAGGAGGGGGGCCAGGACUCUGGCUGCCUGAGCACAGCUCCUGGCUCCCUUCUUCAGGCAGCUUUAUCCUGAUGUACUUCUUCAUGCUCCUCUUGUUCGGGAUCCCCCUCUUGUACAUGGAGAUGAUCAUGGGGCAUUGGCUGCGUGUGAACAACAUCCGGGUCUGGAAGCAGCUCAUCCCCUGGCUGGGCGGCAUAGGAUACGCUAGCAUAUUGGUGUGCAUCUUGAUGAGCCUGUACAACAGCAUCAUCCUCACCUGGAGCAUUUCCUACCUGGGCAACUCCUUUGAUAACUCCCUGCCCUGGAACCAGUGCCCACUGGUGAAGACCAUCAAUGUCACUGACCUCUCUUGCCUUCGGACUGUGACCCACCAGUACUUCUGGUACCACACCACCCUGAGUGCCUCAGGCCACAUUGAGGAAGGGGUCGAGGCCCUCGUCCUGCACCUCACCCUGGGCAUCUUCGCAGCCUGGUGCCUCCUCUUCUUAACCAUGAUCACAAAGCUAAAGACUUCAAUGACGGAGCGUCACAAAUCUGAUGAACCUGAUAAAAAAAGGCGUGCUGCCUCAGGAUGCCAAGCCCCCAGAAGACAUCCUACUCCUGCCCGCCCUCGACUAUCUAGAGUGGAUCAGCAAUCUCCCUCAACACCUCCAGUACCAGGUCAUCCACUUCUCCCCAACCUGCAGCAUCAAGACACAGAAGGAAAAGUUCAUGCAGGGCCCCGGCCUGGCAUUCGCAGCCUUCUCCCAAGCCGUCUCGUUGUUCCCUGGUGCCUCUUUUUGGGCCAUCCUCUUCUUCCUGGCCCUGGUCAUCACAGGGCUGAACACCUUGUUAAGGAUCUUGGAAGGCAUCGUCUAUCCCCUCCAGGACUCCAUCUCCAUCUUCAGGAGGUAUCCCAAGCUGCUGUCAGGGUCAGGGAAGAAAUAUUCGGUGAUCUGGGCCGCCUGUUGUGGUCCUUCUUCACUGUCCUGUGGUGCUACGUGACCCUGCCCGGGCUGCUGGCCCUGACCACCAUCUGCAUCAUGCAGCUCUACCAGACGGAACCCCCCUACUACAUUGCCUGGAACAGCAGUAUGAGCCAGGAGGUAGAACAGCCCUACCUGCAGAGCACCCUGGGCUGGGUCACCUUCCUCAGCAUCCUCACCUUCCUGCCGAUCCCGGUCUACCCACUUCAACACUGGUGGUACCUCGAGGACCAUAUUGCUUCUGAUCCCUUUGAAAAGCUACAGUCCAAAAAGAUGCCCUUGGUGCCCCCCAAGCCCUUACAGUGGCCUAAGCACCACAUGAAGUCCCAGAAGGGAAACAAUGAAAACUCCUCCAAGAAGCUCAGCCUGCCCUUCAUUAGGGGGGUGAACCUGAACUCAUGGCGGUUCAGCCUGCCCUUGAGUAGGAACACCCAGAACUCUUCCCGGUUCAGCCUGCCUGUUGUUACCUCCCUGACAUCCACAUUGUCCAUGAGGAGUUUCAGCCUACCAAUUUCAAGGCAGGUGAGCCCGGCCUCAAUGGCCAUGGACAACAGUGACCAGCACAUGGAGACCAGAGAAGAAAAUCAGCACGAGAAGUCUGUUCAGUAACUGGUGACACCACCCAUUUUUCCAAGGCAGCAAUUCUGUCCAAUAACUGGUGGCAUUAGUGUCCAUUUUGCUACAGAAAUCAUUGGUUCUGCUGGAAAGGAGGGGCAGGUGUCCGUGGAAAUUCUGCCUAGCAACCACUCAUUUGGCCUUGGAAAGAAAUGGACAACUCAGGAGCUCUUUUCUUUCCUGGAAUAAUACAAGUUCUGCUAAGUGGAACAUUCUGCUCUGGGGGUUGGAGAAUUCAGACGAAAUCAACUCAGCCAUUCACAGGACUGGACCUAGUGCCUCCUUUCUCCCUGUGAGGAGAGAAUACCAUGUUGGUAUAAUGGGGAUGGGCUCCGUAGCACUUUCUAGGACCCAGCCUUCCCAGUUAUCAUGGAGAUAGACAGUGUUCUCUCCAAACCCCAAAGUCCACAAACUGGAUCACUGGGGUGGCUAGUUUUUCCAGGGCUACCUUCUAAGAAUGGACUGGGAUAACAAUGCUGAGUCAAUAAAUCGAUCCACUGAGACCCCAUGCUCAGGCUGUGGGUGCAGUGUUCUUUCUGUCAGCCUCCUUCUACACAUCUACCCUCCAAAU